AUGGGGACGACGGCAGGAAUGCGCCGUGCUGGGACGGUGAGGCCGCCGCCGCUGCAACUGGUACAUUUAUGGAUCCUUCUCCUCCUUCCUGCGCCUGCAACCGCUGCUGUCACCUAUGACCACAAGGCCGUCGUGAUCAAUGGGCAGCGGAGGAUCCUCAUCUCCGGCUCCAUCCACUACCCCAGGAGUGUCCCCGAGGUGAGCUGUCGUUGCCAUCUCUCUGUCAUUCCUCGUCAUUCCAUCUCCUUGGUAAUGCGGGCUGUUCUCCCAGCUGACGUUUUUCUUCCCCUCUUCCUCUUUUGGGAUGUUCAGAUGUGGCCGGAUCUCAUACAGAAGGCCAAGGACGGGGGACUCGACGUAAUUCAGACUUACGUCUUCUGGAACGGGCACGAGCCAACUCCCGGCAAUGUAAUCUCUUUUCUUAUCCCACAUGUCGCUGUGAAGCUGUUUCUUGUUGGGUUUCUUCCUCCGCUUUCCAUCGUUCCUUCUGAUCGACUGUCUUCUCCAUGGAUUCAGUAUUAUUUCGAGGAGAGGUACGAUCUGGUCCGCUUCCUCAAGCUGGUGAAGGCGGCGGGUCUCUACGUUCAUCUCCGCAUUGGCCCUUACGUCUGCGCCGAGUGGAAUUUCGGGUAAGAAAUCAUCAGAAUCCCGCUGCCCGAGCGGAGAAUUCCUCUGAAACGACGGCUCUCGGGUCCAAGAAUCCUAACCCCCCCUCCCCUCUUUCUUCUUCCUUGUGCGGCAGGGGAUUCCCAGUUUGGCUGAAAUACGUUCCCGGCAUCAGGUUCAGAACGGACAACGAACCUUUCAAGGUUGGUUCCCCGAAGAACACUCAAUCUUCUCUCCCUCCCCACGUUGCCUGUUCCAAGAGAUCAACUGUUUCUUUCUUCUGCUUCCUGGAAAAAGGCCGCGAUGGAGAAAUUCACAGAGAAGAUCGUCCACAUGAUGAAGGCGGAGAAACUGUUCGAGUGGCAAGGAGGCCCCAUCAUCCUCGCCCAGGUUGCUCACCCUACCGACUGACUGCGUUUGACAAGAGAGAGAGAGAGAGAGAAAUUGGUCUCAUUCACCCGCUCGGUCUGAUCUCGCAGAUAGAGAAUGAGUUUGGACCGUUGGAAUACAAUGGCGGGGCUCCGGCCAGAGCUUACGCGAACUGGGCGGCGAAGAUGGCGGUCGGCCUCAACACUGGCGUUCCCUGGGUCAUGUGCAAACAAGACGAUGCCCCUGAUCCAGUGGUAGGAUACCCCCUCCAAGGCCACCCUCUCGCUAUGCCUAUGCUGGCCUUUUCUUUUCCAAAUUCUCAUCUUUUUUAGAUAUUCUUUCAUCAUUCUGAUGAGGACCCCGCCUCACAUGGCUUGCCUCUAACUUUUGAUUAUGCUCUCCUUUGUGGGAUUUCCGAGCACCUUUCGAUUAUUUCCCUUUCUGGUAUAUUUAAUUUCCAAAUUCUGAUUUGGGAUUCAAUUUUUUUUUGUUUCCAAGAGCCUGUUCUUGAAUAUCUGAUGAUUUACGGAAUCCAAACGAUCUGAAUUACUGCAGAUAAACAGCUGUAAUGGCUUCUACUGCGACUACUUCACACCCAACCAGCCCUACAAGCCGACCAUGUGGACUGAAGCCUGGACCGGCUGGUAAUUAUAGUUCCUACUGGCUCAUUAAGGCAUGGGAGAGAGAUAGGGAGAGAGGGAGGGAGAGGGCCAACGAAGAUUUCUGACGUGGGUUCAUCUGGUGAAGGUUCACAGCCUUUGGAGGAACAGUCCCUCACCGACCCGUUGAGGAUCUGGCCUUCUCUGUCGCGAGGUUUAUCCAGAAAGGUGGAUCCUUUGUCAACUACUACAUGGUAAAUGCUGCAAUGCAAGGGUUAUUGAUAUCCCGAAUCUUUAUGGAAAAUGUGGGCUCAAUUCACAUUAUGAUUUUUCUUCCCCAUUUUUAGUACCAUGGAGGAACCAACUUUGGUCGGACAGCUGGUGGCCCAUUUAUCGCAACAAGCUACGACUACGACGCUCCCAUCGACGAAUAUGGUGCGCAAUCAGUUCAAAAAUCCGAGAGCCAAUCGCAACAGUUCGAUGAACUCCACUCAUCAGUCAUUUUCUCCAAUCCGGGUCUACUGAAAUGAAUGAUUUAUAGGAGAAAACGAUUGAUGGGGGUCGGUUUCUCAUGAACAUUUCUUGAAACAGUGACUCCCAUCUCUCUUUUCUGCAGGUCUGCUAAGGCAGCCCAAAUGGGGUCACUUGAGGGACCUGCACAGAGCCAUCAAACUGUGUGAGCCCGCUCUGAUCUCCGGAGAUCCUGCUCGUAUAUCACUCGGAAAUCAUCAGGAGGUAUUGCCCAUAAUGAUCUGCUCAUACCCUUAUGAGCUUGGAGCUAGCUGAAGCUGUGGCUUUCUUCAUGUAUUCAGGCUCAUGUCUUCAACUCGACGGAGGGGAGUUGCGCAGCAUUUCUUGCCAAUUAUGACUCGAAUUCGUAUGCGAAAGUUGAGUUUGAUGGGGUGCACUAUGAUCUUCCUCCCUGGUCCAUCAGCGUCCUUCCUGAUUGCAAGAACGCUGUUUUUAACACUGCCAGGGUGAGUGAAUCCUCGCAAAGAGGAGCUUUUUUCCCGAGGAAUGGGCGGGGGGUUGUCAGUGUGUGUGGAGGAGCUUAGAAUCAGAUCUUUGGAACCCACCAAAUCUGAUGUAGUUUCAACAGGAUGAUUCAUUAUGUUUCAUCAAAGGCUCCUAAAUUUAUUCGAUCUUACUAUAUAUGGAUACAUGGGCACCGAUGUCUAUUGAUUUUGCCGUUUUCUUACUCUGCCAAUGUGUGAUCUUUUAGGGUUUUCAGAUGUACGAUCUGUUUCCAUUUGAACGAUUUCCCCCAUCCAGUGGGUUUUCUUUUCCUGAUUUUAUUCGUUCUCUUUAUUUUCCCUUUUUUUCGGGAAAAAUUGAAAAAUCUAGACUUUAUUUCUGGUUGCCUUUUUUUUUUUGAGAAAAGUCUUAAAUUUACCCUGUGUGUGCUCUCUCUGUCUUCGUAAAUUUUUAAAUUUUUUUUGUAAUUAACUCAUGGAAAAAUAAAAAAUGUAGCCUUUAUUUGCGCCAUCUCUCCGUAGAAAUCCCUUUUUUGUAAUAAUUUUCUAGGUAAAACAUGCCGAAAAUCUUUAUUUAUUUCGGGAAAUCUCGAAAAAUCUGCUCUUUACUCAGACCAUCUCUCCUCCGAUUUAUAAACCUUUUUAUUUCAUGACAGUAAUUUAUUUUCGGAAAAAUCCAAGACCCCAGUCUUUGUUUUGCUCUGAUCUGACCUCCCCAAGCAGGUGAGCUUCCAGACCACCCUGAUGAAGAUGACUUCGGCCGGCGCAUACGAGUGGACUUCGUUCAGCGAGGAGUCAACUUCACUCGACAGCGGCUCGUUCACGACUACGGGCCUCCUAGAACAAGUCAACAUGACCCGCGACUCCACUGACUACCUCUGGUACUCGACAUAGUAAGUGGGGCCGAACCCAGAGACCCUGCGGUACUCAGAGAUGGAUCCCAUUGUCUACCACCUAUUAAUGGAAAUGUUCUGGCAGCGUUGACAUUGGCCAGGAUGAAGAGUUCCUCAUGAAUGGGAAGUACCCGUCGCUGACGGCGAUGUCAGCGGGCCACUCGUUGCACGUGUUCGUCAACGGGAAUCUCACGGGUUAGGCGGCAGGAAUCUCCGACGAAAUUCUCUCCUCCCCAACUAAAUGAUGCCGCCGGCUAAUUUAUUCAUUCCUGUCUGUGAUUUUCUAUCUGCCAGGGACCGUCUACGGGGGUGUGGAGAAUCCAAAGCUCACGUACACAGGGACGGCGAAGCUGCGGGCUGGCAGUAACAAGAUUUCCAUUUUAAGUGUGGCCGUCGGUCUCCCGGUGAGCUCUCCCCCUCCCUCGUCUCCACCACAAACAGGUACUCUGGUUUAGAGGAAAGUCUUUCCGAGUCAAAGGCUCCUCUUUUUUUUCUUUUCUGAGUAAAGACUCCUCCCUCUUUCGGUUGGGGUUUUUUCAGAACGUAGGGGAGCACUUUGAGACGUGGAACGCGGGGGUUCUGGGCCCGGUGGUGCUGGACGGGCUCAACGAGGGGCAGAGGGACCUCACCUGGCAGAACUGGACGUACACGGUUGCCCCCCUCUCGCCCUGCCCCGCUGACCAGUGCUUCCAAUAUUGGAAACACACAUAAACCUUCCCUCUUAACGAAGCAAGUCCCGUUGCUCUCUUGCAGGUCGGCUUGAAAGGCGAGGCUUUGGAGCUGCACUCCCUCAGUGGCAGCUCCUCGGUCGAGUGGGCCGACGUCUACCCUAAUCAACCCCUCACAUGGUACAAGGUACAAGGCACAUCUCAUCCCUCUCUCUCUCUCUCUCUCUCAUCACCAUCAUCAUCAUCAUCAUCAUCAUCAUCAUCAUCAUCAUCAUCAUCAUCAUCAUCAUCAUCAUCAUUAUCAUCAUUCGUUCCUUCCUCUUCCCAGGCUCUGUUCAGCGCGCCCCCGGGGGACGACCCGCUGGCUCUGGACAUGGGCAGCAUGGGGAAGGGACAGGUGUGGAUAAACGGCCUGAGCAUAGGCCGCCACUGGCCCGGCUACAAGGCCCACGGCUCCUGCAGCAGCAGUUGCAGCUACGCCGGCGAGUACAACGAGAACAAGUGCCAGAGCAACUGCGGCGAGCCCUCUCAGAGAUGGUAACCCCUCUCCUCCUUGUAGGCUCGUCCAAUAGUGGUGAUCACAGAUGAACUGAUUGAAAGAUUGAUUGGUUGAUGAAGGUACCACGUCCCUCGAUCGUGGCUAAAUCCGACGGGGAGGAAUCUGAUGGUGGUGUUCGAGGAGUGGGGAGGGGACCCGGUGGGGAUAACGAUGGUGAGGAGGACAGUGGGGAGCGUCUGCGCGGACAUCUCCGAAUGGCAGCCAUCGAACUGGCGAAUCGAGGACCCGGGGAGGGCCGAGGCCCCCAGGAGGCCGAAGGCCCGGCUGGGUUGUUCCCCUGGGCAGAAGAUCUCCGCUAUUCGAUUCGCCAGCUUCGGCACGCCGCAAGGCUUCUGCGGCAACUUCUCCCAGGGGUCCUGCCACGCCCACCGAUCAUACGAUGCCCUCAAGAUGGUGCGCGCCUCCAUUACCAUCAUCUUCUAGAUUUCUGUGGUCGUUAAUUCUUAUGUGUCCCUACUAUUGCGGUGCAGAACUGUGUGGGCCGGGAACGCUGUACGGUGGGUGUCGCCGCCGAUGUGUUCGGCGGGGAUCCUUGCCCCGGAAUCAUGAAGAAGUUGGCGGUAGAGGCAAUUUGUGGUUGA